AUGGAGAGAGAUGGCAGCUGGGGUCGAGUGGGAGGAACGGGAUCGGAAGUGGCUUCGGACGUGGGAGAGGAAGCAACGACGGGAUCUCUGUGUGUGGAAGUGGGGAGGAGAAGUAGAGGCAGCGAGAGCUUUGGGUCGGUAUUUAACGAAGAGGAUGAAGCUACGGAUCGCAGGAUUCGCGCAGGGGUUCCGGGAAAUGACACAAACGGCGCCCAAUUCAGCGGGAUAUCUGCUGAUUUUCUGGACUUCCUCGAUAGAUACGAGAUAUUCGUUAAGUAUUGUCGUUUUGUUUAUAGCUUUUAUGCUGCUACCUCAAAUAUUACUUCAAUAAAAAUUAUCGAACCAUCAUUUAUCCUGCUAAAUUUUGUAUAUGGAUCACAGGUCAAGUUCGGCCUUUCUGGAAGAAACAUAAUAUCGGAGGCAUUAAGAGAGGCAUGCAAGGAGAGGCUUUCAAAUGCUCUGAAUCAGGCCAAGGAGCGAUUGAGAAAUCAUUCGCUUGACAUAGGCUCUUCCUCUACCUCACUUGAAUUGGAUUGCUUUAAGAAGUAUGAGAAGGUUGGCAAAACCUUCUAUAAUUCGCAGAUUGCGGCGACUGUGAGGUGGCUAUCAUCGGCGAGCUAUGAACAGAUAAGCGAUAGGCUUAGCCAAAACUCUUCAUCUCAUGAUGCCGAAAACAAACCAAAAGUUAUUGAAAGUGCUGCUACUUCAUCAUCACCGAGCCCUGCAAAUCAACUACUUGUUCAGUCAGUAAAAGACGAUCAAUUAAAGGCUAAAGUUCUGGAAAAAAAUGUUUAUGAGGCUGCAGCAGUGGAUUUGUCCCAUGGAAAGGUGGAUCUUCCACCUAUACCUUCAUUUUCAGAGUUUGUUUACCAAAAAACCAACAACCAGAACAGACCUUCCAUGGGUUCUGAAAGUGCUCCAAAGAGGAUAGCUGAAGCUGAUGAGAGGAAACAAAGAGUUCAUGUUCACAAGAAGAUGAAACAGUAACAGAAUAUCGUUUAAGGUUCAUAAGUUAGCCGUUAAAAAAAUGAAAAGUAGGUUGGUACUUAGGCAUAAUUUUUUGUACUAAAAAACUGCUUUAAGAAGCAGUAAAAAAGUCGUCUCAAACAAAGCCUUAAACUUUAUUUGGGAUAGUUUUAGACAAAUGUUGUUUUACUGCUUAAAUUUUUACACUAAAAAAUAAUUUUAUGAAGCAGUAAGAAAGUCGUCUCAAAUAAAAUUUCAAUAAGAGAGUUAAUUAGUUUAUGCA